AUGACCUCUGAGGAAGAUUGGAAGAAGAACCUUGUUGCGCCCAAGAAGGACACGCGCAAGAAGACGGAGGAUGUCGAAUCGCGCCGCAACGUGACCUUUGAGGAGUACGGCCUACGCCGUGAGCUGCAGAUGGGCAUCUUCGAGAAGGGCUUCGAGCGGCCGAGCCCCGUGCAGGAGGAGGCGAUUCCCGUCGCGCUGCAGGGCAAGGAUGUGCUAGCGCGUGCCAAGAACGGCACAGGGAAGACGGCCUCGUUCGUCAUUCCUGUACUGGAGAAGGUGGACACGCGUGAGUCGCACGUGCAGGCGCUCCUCAUGGUGCCGACGCGCGAGCUGGCGCUGCAGACGGCGCAGGUGACGAAGGAGCUGGGCAAGCACAUCGCCGGCCUCGAGGUGAUGGUCACGACGGGCGGGACGACGCUGCGCGAUGACAUUCUGCGGCUGCAGCAUCCGGUACACGUGCUUGUGGCGACCCCUGGCCGCGUUGUGGACCUCGCGAGCAAGCGCACGGCGAAGCUCGACCGCUGCCGCAUCAUCGUCCUCGACGAGGCGGACAAGCUGCUCUCGCAGGAGUUCACGGAGCUCAUGGAGGAGCUCUACACUUACCUCCCGUCGGACCGCCAGUCGCUGCUCUUCUCCGCGACGUUCCCCGUGACAGUGAAGGAGUUCGCCGACCGCUACCUGCGCAACCCGUACGAGAUCAACCUCAUGGAGGAGCUCACGCUGCGUGGCGUGACACAGUACUACGCCUUUGUGGAGGAGCGCCAGAAGAUCCACUGCCUUAACACGCUCUUCAACCGCCUCCAGAUCAACCAAUCCAUCAUCUUCUGCAAUAGCGUUAACCGGGUGGAGCUUCUGGCGAAGAAGAUCACACAGCUCGGCUAUAGCUGCUACUAUAUCCACGCUCGCAUGCAGCAGCAGCACCGCAACCGCGUCUUCCACGACUUCCGCGAGGGCCACUGCCGCAACCUUGUCUGCUCCGACCUCAUCACGCGCGGUAUCGACAUCCAGGCUGUGAAUGUCGUGAUCAACUUUGACUUUCCCAAGUACGCGGAGACGUACCUGCACCGCAUUGGCCGCUCCGGUCGCUUCGGCCACUUGGGGCUCGCGAUCAACUUCGUGACGUACGAGGACCGCUACAACGUCUAUCGCAUCGAGCAGGAGCUCGACACGGAGAUCAAGCCGAUUCCCGCCGAUAUUGACCCCGAGCUGUACGCCGCGUAA